UACUGAAAACGAAAUAUUGAUUCUUAAUUACAAGUUGUCCAAACAAAUAUAAUAGCAUAGGCAGUAAUUUUACAGUGCAAUUUACCACUGGAGACCAUCCUGAUGCACUUUGAUGUACUUGCUCACCGAGAGCUCCAAGGACUCUUGGUUGGGAAGGUCCACAAAUGUCAAUAUCCAAAACAGCAACCUACAGCAGAACAUGUGAAUAUAUUACUAUGUAGCCUUGUGUUAUGACUUAUGAGUCCUAGUUGCAGUUAUGAUUUUAUAUUUAGUUUUAUGAAAAUGCAUUUUGUGCAUGAGACAGAAGCAUUCUGGUUACGUAGAGCAGGUAAUCAAUAGGUGACUGGUACAAGCAGACUCGACCUAUAUAGAUACUGCACAUGCAAAGGCAUCUUCACUGCAUAUAAGUUGGUUGCCUAAACUACAACCAGGCUGAAUCAUUUCAGUUCCUGCCAUGUACAUUGAAAAUCACAUGGAUGUUCUCGGAUUGGGAAAGAGAGUCCUCAAAAGCUAUAUCGAGCUACACAGUGGACCCACUCUCGAGUAUGACUACGCAGCCAUUGAAGUUUCCAAACUUGGUGACAGGUCUUCCUAGGAAUCCACCUUACUCUUCUCAAACAUCAGCCCUUUGUACAAGAUUUACACCAAAUGAAUGGUUCCAGAAGCAAGUCAAAUUUUACAAUGAAGCUGACUCCAAUCGCUACUAUUCCGAGAGAAUGAGAAGCGAUGCUGUAAAAUGUAUAAGGGAGGCAGAAUCAAAAAUACAACACAAUCAAUAUGACACUGGCAGAAGACUAGGUGAAAGAAUAAGUGAUGUUACUUUUUGGCGCAAUGAAAUUGCAUCUGAGUUAGAAAAACAGGUUCAAGAAAUUGAGAGGCUUCAGGACUGUAGAACAACUCUUGAGAAAGCUGUUCAUGAUAUUCAAAAUCCAUUGCAUGUUGCUGAAGAAUGUCUAUAUCACCGAGAGGCAAGAAAAGGAAGUGAACUUGUUCAUGAUGAGGCUGAAAAAGCUUUGCUGAGAGAAGUACAGAACCUACGAAGUGGUCAAAACAGACUAGAAGCUUAUCUUGAUAAAUGCAAAGAUCAGCUCCGAAAUUGUAGAAUUUCGCAGAAUCAAUUAGAGCUUGAUCUAAAAAAUAAAGAAAGUGCUCUUGGUAUUGACAUGCUCUGUCAUCAAAUAAGUAAUACAAGCAGAGGCUUGCAGUACUAUUCUGGGAUUGAAAAAUAUGAUCCUUGCAUUUCGAAGCCUGAGACAUGGGCCGAAACGGCAAAUCGGAUCAUCCAAAAAUCACAGGCAGAGCGAACAAAAUCAUGUCAACUAAGAGCUGAUGCAGAAACUUUGAUCAAUCGAGUGGCACAAGAAAUGUGGGAUUCUUGGAAUAGCAGCAAUAAUGCUCUCUCUAGGAGAUGUGGUGAAUUGCUAGAAGCAAAGAGUAAACUACAACAGCACUUACAUAAAGUCCAGCAAGAGAUUUUUGAUGUUGAAAAGAACUUGGAAUUAUUACGUAAAGCCAUUUCUGAUAAAAGUUAUGCAUUGAAAGUUGCUCAAACAAGACUAGAAGCUCGUACACAUCGUCCAGAUAUGGAAUUAUGUCGGGACAAUGCAUACAUCAGUCUGCAAAGAGAAAUUGAUGAUAUAUAUAAUCAGGUUGAGAGAAUGCAUAAAUCAUUGAAAGAUAUGGAAAAUCAACAUCAAAGAUUGCUGAGAACACGUAAUGCCCUUGAACAUGAUCUUGCUUUGAAGAUUGAUGCUGUAUACAUUGACAAAGAAAAAGUUUGUGGCUUGAGACGUGCAUAUCCAGUCAAUGCAAUGUUUAGAUUCUAAAGGACCAGACCAAUUAUUUUUUUUUUUUCAUUGAGUUUGUAUUGUUUAAUUUGUAUUUAAAAAUCGUUAUUAGAUAUUUUUUAAUAAUGUUGAAUUGUUGCAUGAAUAGAGGAAAAAAGUAGAAAUGAAUAUCAGUUGUUAAAUUUUUAAAUGUUUACUUACUUGAACUAAUUAACAAUUGUAUACAAUUCAAUCACGUUUUUUUUAUGAUUAAUGGAGUUUCUUUAUAUAACUUGGUAUUGGUAGCUUGGUGCCUUCUUUAGCUUCGAAAAAUGUAUAAGACAGGACUAGUUCAUCCACCAUCUCCAUCUUGGGAUCUUCAUUAAACUCUGGGUCAAUGAAGAAAAAUACUGGCAUGUCAACCUUUGUAGAAUGAAUAAAUAAAAGAUAUCAAUAAAACAA